AUGGAUGACCACUGGCGGGCGCUGGGCGGGCACUACGAGCAGGCCACCUACAAGUGGAUCUACAUGGAGGCGCCGAGGCUGAAGGGGGCGUCCAUGGAGCAGGCCUGGGCAGAGGCAGCCGAGUGGCUGUCACGACGGCUCAGGCAACUGACAAACUUCGCGACGCGCUGGUGGGCCAGCGAGACCGACGAGACGAGGCGGCAGGCAAUCCACGUGGCCUACGCCAUGCUGGCCCACGAGAUCGACAUGCCGCUGAUGAGGGGGCAGCUCGCUUGGGGCGCAGUGCAGUGGCCUGCCAUCGUGAACACGGUGGGCAGCAUCGACGUCGACAGGAUGACGGCUCAGGAGCUGCAGUGCAUCGACUGCGUCGCGACCCUCCUGGACGUGGCUAGCUGGGAGGCGAUGUGGGGCGAUGAGUACGACCCGACUGCGCCAUGGUGCCAGCCCCCCGCAGCGCUCGAGAGGGAGGAGUACAGCGUGCUCGACGCGGUGGAGGCAGGGUCGCCAUGGCCCGAGCCUCAAUCCACCAUCCUGUUCUACCUGCUCGCGAAGCCCGCAGGAGGCUACAGGAACCUCGGCUCAGAGCUGGCGAGGUUGUGGGAGACCAUAUGGUUCCCUUGCGCCAGGCGCUGGGGGGAGGCGAGCAGACGGGUGUAUGACUGGGCUGCCAAGGGCCGCUCAAGCGAGCGGGCGGCCUGGGUCCAGGCGCUCUUGUGCGAGGCUUCAGUCGCGGAGGGGCUUGAGUACGCCGUGACGUACUUCGACUUGGUCAUGUGUUUCGAGUACGUGACCCACGAGCUGGUCUGGAAGGCGGGCUCGCGGUGGGGCAACCGCCUCACCCUGAAGGUCGUCCUCAGGAUCUACGCGAUGGUGAGGCGCAUCGUCCUCGACGGGUGCUACACGCGUGGGCGGCGCUGGGCCAGAGGAAUUGUGGCAGGAAGCAGGUUCGCGCCCCUCUGCCUAAAUAUGGUCCUAUACAUGGUGCUGGGCGGGGUUGUAGAGGCCUUCCCAUGGGCGGGCGCCUGCCUGUUCUUCGACGACCUGGCGAUGGCGACGCACGGCGUCGGGGAGUUCGUGCAGUGCUGGCAUUCCCAGCUUGUGCAGACGCUGAUCAACAUGUUCGAGGUGGUCCUGGACAUGCGGGUCUCCCGGGGCGAGGGGGGCAACGCGGUCGCCCUGGCUUCGACCUCGGCCUUGAACGCGGAGCUCGGCAAGCGCGUCCGCACCCGCGGCGUGAGGGCAGUCAAGUUCGCCGCCAGACGGGAUCGGGUCGCGAGGGUCUGGCGAGCCGGGGGGCCGGCACACGAGGUGAUCAGGCGCGCCAAGGUGCCGUCGUUGCCCUACGGCGUCAAUGUCAUGGGUAUGGCCGACACCAAGCUGGGCGAGCUGCGGCAGAGCGUGGCGACGGCCACGGCUGGCAAUGCGAAGGGGCGGUCCACGUGCCUGACGCUGCUGGCCGACGACGUAGACCCAGGCAUUCUGGCCAGCGCGUCCCCGAUCCUGGCGUGGGCGCAGACCUGGCAAGAAGCAGAGGGCGACCCGAGUCUCGUGCCGACGCUCCAGGCCGCAUGUAAGCGGCUGGUUUUCCGAGUGGGCCAUGCGAAGGCCCCGUGGCAGCAGGUGAGAGGCCCAGCAGCGGCCUUCGUGGCGACGGUCAAGAGGCUCGGCUGGGUGACCCAGGCGGCGCAUUCGAUUACCAUCGGCUCCAACAUCAUCGACCUGAGGGCGAUCCCCCUCCACGAGCGGCAUCGCUACGUCCGCGCCGCCACCGAGCAGGGCCUCGAGGACGCGUGGUUGGCCAAGUGGGGGGGCGAGUUCAACAUGCAGUCGAUCUUCGCUGAGCCUGCGAGGGCGCUCCUGCGGCGCGGCUGCGUGCCAAAGGAGCGGCACCAUCUGCAAGGUGUGCGCGCCAUCUGCAAGGCGCUGCUGCCCUGGUUGCACGCCAUCUGCAAGGCGUGCCACCAGGGCGAGGGCACGGACAGACACCGCAUCUUGGUCUGCGAGGCGAGGCAGGAGGAGCGUCGGCGUGUGGGUGGCGCCCACAUCGUGCAGCGAGGAGCCAACCCGUGGCCAGGGUCCGAGCAGCUUUGGGGCCGUGGGCUGGCCAACGACCCCGCGGUGAUGCUCGGCCUGUGGGACCUCGCCGUCGCCGACACCAUUCGCGUCGAGGGUGGCGCGGCGACAUCGCGGGUUUCGCCGCGGGCCGAGUGCACUCCGAUGGCCGCCUGUUGUGCGGCAAGUGCGCUGCCCUACGACGCGGAGGAGGUGGCGCGCAGCGAGUGGCAGCAGAUGGACGCGGCGGCCAGGGACUGGUGGCGGCAGCAGGCGCUGGCUGCGGAGGGGAUCGCUGGGGCCAGGAGCCGGAAGCGGCCCGCUGAGGAGCCGGGACCCCCGCGUGCCGGCGGCCCCGAGGCGGUCGAGGAUUCCGACUUCGAGCUCGUCGGGGAGCGGAUCGAGGGCGGGCCCGCGAGCGGCCCGCAGCCCCGGCGGGCCCCCGCGCCGGCCGCCGCGCCGGCCGCGGAGGCGGCCGGCGGCGGCGCUGCCAGCAGGGGCGGCGAGCGGGGGGGCGGGCAGUGCAGCCGAGCGCCCAAGCGGCGGCGCGCCCCCGCCGCGCAGGCGGCGGCCGCGGGCGGCGCGCCUGCCAAGCGGUCCACUGCGGCUCCGGGCGGCGCCGCGCCCGCGCCGGGCGCAGGCGGGGGCGGCGCUGCCGCCGCGGGCGCCGCCGCGGGUGCCGCCGCGGCGCCCGGGGAGUGGCUGUGGCCCGGGCGGGCACGAGCCGAGAAGGGCGAGCACGUGGACGCGGAGGCGCCUUCAGUGAGCGCCUACGUGGGCGCCUCGCCCUACGUGGGCGCCUUCAGUGAGCGCCCUCAGCGGGCGCUCGAAGUGGGCGCCUCCAGCAAGCGCCUGACGCCAUCCAGCAAGAAGUCUGGCACCGCAGACGACGCUGACCAGGGGCCCUCGGCCAAGGGCAAGAAGGGUAAGAAGGGGCCCCCACCGCCGUCGCCGAUACCCGACCUCACAGAGCUGCCGGCCAUCGAGGACGCCUCCACUGCCCUCCUGGAUGCGGAAGGCAUGGUGCGGACCUGCGCGCUGCGCGUGGCGGACUGGCUGGACCGCGUGCAGCGGCAGCUCGACCGCGUGGAGGGCCUCGAGUCUCGCCGGCUCGACGAGGUGGCCCGACUGGUCGAGGCGGAGUUCUGGGCGUCGGAUCCCCUGCUGUGCCUCUGGGAGGAGCGCCAGCGCCUCCGCGCCGAACGUCCUGCGGGUCCCGCUGUGGGUCUACGCGCCCUCGGCCGCGCACUUCCGGUGCCUGGCGGAGUGGAGCCUCCUGAGCUCCGAGCGCCUCCGGCGCAACCUGCCCGACGUCCAGCCGAGGGGCUUCUGCUGCGUGCCCUCCCACAGGCUGACGAAGAGGAGAAAGCACCCGAGGAG